AUUAUUUCGGAAUUGAUUGUAAUUUAACGAAAUAUGUCAACUGCUCGCAAUGGACUUGAGUUUUUAAAACAAAUGGUAAAGUUCAGAACAGAAGCUAAAACGUUUGAAAAUGUCUUACAAGGUAUUCGAGUUGUUAGCGGAGGAGAAGGAAAAUGUAUAUGUGAAAUGAAAAUAAAGGAAGAACACCAGAAUGCGGGAGGGACGCUGCAUGGGGAUGUGACUGCCACGCUGGUGGAUGCUGUGUCAACUUGGGCUUUAAUGACUUCCCAGCGACAGGUGCCCGGAGUGAGCGUUGACCUUAAUGUUUCAUUUAUGAAACCAGUAAAAGUUGGAGAGGACAUUGUGAUUGAUGCUGAUACGCUUAAGAUAGGAAAGACUCUGGCAUUUUGUUCAGUUGACAUUAAAUUGAAAAACGACGGAUCUCUUUUAGCUCAAGGAAAACAUACAAAGUAUGUGGGAUGAUAAAGUUAAUGCGUUUUGAUUUUCGAUGGACAAUUUGUAUUUGAAUUGCAGAGACGGAACUGGCAUGCACAUAUUCUUCAUUUCUGUCCUAGUUUUUUGCGUUUUUUCAUUCUUAGAUGUAAAAUAUUUAAAGAAUUAACUAUAUACGGUCAUUUCCCGGUGACAGUGUGUGAAUCUAUGUGUGAACAAAUGCAGUGACAGAGUUGUUGAAUGUGCUUAGAUAAAAAUUUGUGUAGAUGCACAAUUUGUAAAUAUCUCUUGUUUAGUAUUCAUGAAUUUACGUACUUUUUAAAUGGGUAAGUGAU